UGGCGGGACGCAGAGCGCCGCGACGUUCAUAUAAAACUGAAAUCACUUCACACUUGCCUCAUUGUAGUACGUGCGUCCCAUCCUCGUGGUCCUGACACCCAGCAAGGCACAUACAUAUCACAAAAUGUCGGCACAAACCCCUCACUACCUGCUCAGCACUCUACUUAUCUUCGUCAUUGCCACUCUGGCGUUCUCCAGCGCAAGACCGAACCACUUCGGAGAGGGCAACCAGGUGGUUGCCGAGCAAGACGGCAACAACUUGUUGGAUCCCGGCCUGAAACCGUGGCAAUUGGAGCUGUUGGCACAGCGGCUGUCUGAAAUCUCCAGCCAAACAGGUGGCGAUUAUGCUUGGGACAGGUCCUUGCGUUCUCCUGAAGCCAAACGUCAGAGUCGUUAUCGUCAGUGCUACUUCAAUCCCAUCAGCUGCUUCAGAAAAUGAACCACUUACUGAGUCCCCGCUACCACUUGUGUUUUCUUUUUGGAAAUAAAUCUCGCUGUAUUGUGUAAUAUACAAAUGAUGGUAUAAAAAGUGUUUAAAUGUUGCAUAUUUUUGAUCUGGACUAAAUUUACGUCAAGUAGGAUGUAGAAAUAAAGUCGUUGAAAAAUUUUCA